AUGACAUCUUCGAGUUUCAGAGCUUUCAUAGAGAUCGAAAGCUCUCCGCAUGUCUCUACGCCACCUCCCGCAGUACAGAAGGACAAUCAAGGCAUUGCACUAUGUCCGCCGGGGUAUGAAAUGAAUGAAGUCUCGCCACAAAAGUCUUCUCAUUUGCCUUCUGAUCUAGUGACACAACUGCGUACAGGGGCAUCAUCACCCACACCUAGCGUACUGGAGAGCCACUCACCAGAGGCCAUUGCAGACGAAGCCUCAGAAUGGGCUCCAGAUCGCACCUCGGCCUCAUGGAGAACCAAAUGGCGGCUAUUGAGCUGCUGUCUGAUCAAUUUUGGAAACGGCAUGAACGACAGUGCGCCCGGUGCCUUGAUCCCAUAUAUUGAGAAGCACUAUAGCAUCGGAUAUGCGGUUGUCUCGCUCAUCUUCGUGGCUAAUGCCUUGGGAUUCAUUUCUGCGGCGCCCAUCACUCAUACUAUUGAGAACAAAUUGGGUCGCUCGAAAAGCUAUGCAUUUGCCAUGUCUCUUUUGGCUAUUAGCUAUAUCGUGAUCAUAUGCCAGCCCCCGUUCCCUGUUGUCGUGGCCUGCUUCUUGCCACUCGGCUUUGGUAUCGCGCUUGGCCUGGCACUGAGUAAUGUUUAUUGUGCCAACUUGGCCAAAUCCACCACGGCCUUGGGCUGUUUCCAUGGCAGCUAUGGUAUAGGUGGCACAGUGGCCCCAUUAUUUGCAACCGCCAUGGUCUCGCAUGGCAUCCGAUGGUCGUUCUUCUAUGCUGUCUCUUUGACAUUUUCCCUCAUUAAUCUAGGCUACUCUACUUGGGCAUUCCUCAACUAUGAGCAUGAUACGCCCGAGGAGCCGCACAGAGCGGUGCAGCCUACUACUCCCCGUCCUGAGGGUGCAGGUGAAAUUCCGACCCGAGCGCAGCUCUUCAAAAGAGCCAUUCGGAACCGCACCACGCUCCUCGGUGCUAUGUUCAUCUUCGCCUAUCAGGGUGCAGAGGUCUCUGUAUCUGGCUGGAUUGUUUCUUUCCUGAUUAGUUAUCGACAUGGGGACCCUUCCCGGGUCGGAUACGUCAGUGCAGGUUUCUGGGCCGGCAUCACCGUCGGCCGGUUCCUGUUGACACACCCUGCAGCCAAGAUAGGACAUAAGAUUGCCGUGGUGGUAAUGAUAGCCGGAGCUGUCGCUUUCCAAUUGUUGACCUGGUUAGUCCCAAAUGUCAUCGGAGAAGCAGUAUCAGUGGCUAUCUUGGGUCUCUUGCUGGGUCCAGUUUACCCAUCUGCCACCGCCGUCUUCACCAAAUUGCUGCCACGCAGCAUGCAUAUUUCCAGCCUGAGUUUCAUCAGUGCCCUUGGCAGCAGUGGAGGUGCGUUCUCGCCUUUCGUGACCGGUAUUCUAGCACAGAAUGUAGGGACAAUGGUGCUGCAUCCAAUCUGUAUUGGGUUGUAUGGUGUCAUGGCGGCAAGCUGGUUGUUGCUGCCGAAGAUCUCGAAGAGAUCGGAGUAA